AAUGACAAAAACAAGAUUGGAAAUUCCAAGACUGUCAUCAACCCCAUAUAAGCAGCGCCCAGACUCGUCGUCAGUAUCAAGCACCACUCGCUACCAUAAAGAUGGCAUUCACUCUUGGCUCAUUGUUCCUCCUUUGCGGGAUCAGCGGACUGCUGACUGGAGUCUGGUCCGCCAAAAUUGUUCCUGUGAAAGACAAUAACUGUCCAAAAGGCUGGACUCAGUUGGACUGUUUCUGUUACAUCUAUGAAACUGAGAACAGAACUUUUGCAGAUGCCGAGAGCGUCUGCAACAUUCUUGGUGGGAAUUUGGUCUCCAUUCACAGUGAUCUGGAAAAUGCGCUGGUUCUUGAACUGAUUCGGGCGGGUGGUGAUGCCACCCAAGCCUGGAUUGGUCUCACUGAUGCAGUUUCGGACGACGAUUUCAUGUGGACUGAUGGCUCAGAUGUGGACUUCACCAAUUUUGAAGGAGGAGAGCCCAAUGACGACGGUGUCUGUGUAGAGAUGGUAACAGCUGAUGGAGAGUGGAACGAUGUGGCUUGCGCAACAGAGCUCCCGUACGUUUGCAUCAUGGAUGCGUUCCAUCACUAAAUGUCUUGGCCUACAAUAUUGCACUAUGCAUGAGUUCAAUGACUCAGAUUUAGUGUCGCCUUGAUAUUUUUGGGGUUACUUUCAACUUUUCUUCUCAUCUUCUUUCAUGCUCAUUUGGCGUUGUGGGGACAAAUAUUCAAUGAAUAAAGAACUAUCAGCAUCCAAA